UGAGAGAUCCAAAGCUGCUGCUAACUGCAGCUUUUUCCCAGCUUUUGAUUCAUAGCACAAUCUAACCCACUCAACUGCGACUGUUCUUUUGAUGUUCUCAAGUAGUUGGAGGCAUUUUUCGAUGUGAGUCAGGAAAGCACUUGACAAAAGGUCAUGGAUAAAGCAAGCUGGUUGGAAGCAGGACCAACAAACAAGAAGACCAUAUGAUGUGAUUCGUAUAAAGUCUACAUGGACGACAACAUCAUUUUUUCUUCCAUACUAAAUCUCUUCGUCGGAGGACAUGCAAAUUUAGUCUCAUGGCCAGUGAAGACUCCAAAUAAAUACAUCAUGAUUUAGGAUCAGAUGAGGCGAACCAGCAGCAGUAGUACCGUUUCAGACCAACAUCACAUUUGCGUUUCCUUCCUUGGUGGGGACUUGUUGCAUUUAAAGGUGAUGGUGGUGAAAGAGAUGAGCUUUUGCUGUCAUGAAGCGGACAUCAAAGCCUCGCCCCCAAAGCGAACGCGCCUUUUCCAAACUGAGUUCUCUGCUUUAAAUUCCUUUGGCUGCUCUAUCCAUUUGCUUGAGAUGGCACACUAAUGCAAAGGAAUGAACUGCUUGCCCCCUCUUAUAUAGCCUCAACCCUGCCUCCUCUCUCCACCCUGCUCCUCUCUCUCUCUCUCUCUCUCUCUCUCUCUCUCUCUCUCUCUCUCUCUCUCUCUCUCUCUCUCUCUCUCUCUCUCUCUCUCAGACACACAUAUGAUGGGCGAAGUCGACGAAGCAGCAAGUAUUAAGCUUUUCGGGGCAGUGAUCCUAAAGGAAGACAGACAAGCCAAGGAGAAGAAGGAGGCGCAGGACGAGGCGGCGGCGGCCAGGGAGGCGGCGGCCGCGGUGGCGCUGCCGUGCCCGCGGUGCAAGAGCAAGGAGACCAAGUUCUGCUACUUCAACAACUACAAUGUGAACCAGCCGCGGCACUUCUGCAAGGCCUGCCACCGCUAUUGGACGGCCGGGGGCACGCUACGGAACGUCCCCGUGGGCGCCGGCCGCCGCAAGGUUCGCCGAGCCCCCCACGGCGGCGUCUCCGCCACCGCCGGCCCCGCCACCUGCGUCUUGGAGCACCCUUCCCCUCCCUACCUGGCUGCGCGCUGGCUCCUGCGGCCGGAGGCGCCUCCGAGGGCUGACUACGGCACUUUCAACGGUGGACUCUGUUGACUUCUCGGUGGUCGUGUGUUCAUGAUGUGCAUCUUCUUUUUCUUUAUGCUUUGUUAUGAUUAAUGUGUUCAGCUUUCAGCGAGAAAGGAGAUCUGUGUUCCAUUGGAACCUGCAACACUUGGGAAUUGAGCUGUCUUUUCUGCA